UAGUGGCUUGCCCUGCCCUGCCCCCACCACCUCGGACGACGACGUCUUCAGCAGUGACAGCGCCGACAGCUGCGACAGCCUCCACCCGCCCUCUGCCCCCUCCCUCACUCGUAAGUGCUGUGCAGAGGGCAGCUGUCACUUAGGUAGGGGGGAAUAGUUUAUUCUGUCAACAAAGCAACAGGCCUAUGUUUAAUUACAGCAAAACCUAACCACAAUCAGUCACAGAGGACCUCUAAGCUAACACCGAUUUCAUAUUUAACUGUACGAGUUUCUAGCCUUGUUAAAAGUGAGCUUGUUCUGUGAGAAGACAGGAAGACUCCACUAGAAGCAGGCAUAGCCUCUGGGCACAUUAUUGAUCAUAUUAAGGCUGUUUGCUCUAACCCUUUAUAAUGGUGCCCUUGUCCCCUUGUAGCGGUUGGCAGCACAAAUCCUACGUUUCAGACCGAUGAUGGAGACUCUCACUAAUGUUUGCACGCCGUCUCACUAAUGUUUGUACGCUGUUUGUUAGGAGUCGGGAUAAACUCCUUGUCAGUGUUCAGCCAAAGUGUUUUUCGGGUGCCAAAUGUCAUAUGGAAUUAAAUAUGUAAAUAAAAAUGAUUUAUAUUUUUUCCCCCAAGGCAAAUGUCAAAUAGUUUAGUUUAGACCUUGCAGCACAGUGCGUUAGUGUAUCUGUCAACAUCUGCUGAACAUUUCUUAUCUUUUAUUUUCCAUCUUUCUCUUUAUAUGCAAGUGUUUAGUUAAUGAUGCGUGUUGACUGCCAUACAGCUGGUUGUUUCUUCCAGGUCGUUCAGGUUUAGCGCCUAGAACGAAGCUCUUGCUGCAGAUAUUCUCGUGAACAGAGAAUCUUCAGCCCUAAGUCCUUAACCUGUACACCGGUUGCUGUUUUCUAUUUAUGCACAUCCAUCGAGUAACAUCCAGUUGUACUUACUCCUGAGGUCCUAUAAGAGCCUUAAUAAAAUCGAACGAGAGACGUCCGAAGCAGAUGCAGUAAACGUGACUGGACGUAUUUCAGCAGGUGUGCAGCAUGCACUGCUUCUAUCCUCCGGCAACACAGGCUGCCUCCCAGCCGGAAGAGCGUUCGCUUCGACGCAGUCACCGUGUACUACUUCUCCAGGCGUCGGGGUGUCACCAGCAUGCCCGGCCAAGGCAGUCGCCGUCUAAGCAUGGCUCCUCGCCACAGUGCCGUCCGCCACUACACACUGGGCGAGAUCACUUGUGAGCGGGACGACGUGCACCGGCGUCUGCUGCGCCCUCGACUGCGGCAAGGGAAGCUCCGUGCGUGCAGGAAGAAGCUGAUGCGGAGCAGUGCUGAGGUCGAGCCCUUGACUGAAGUCGUAUCCAGGACGGACGUGGGUAGGGGGGCCGCGGAAGCAGAUGAGCACUUCCUCCUGCGGGCUGGGUCCAGUGUGUGGUCACGUGAUGACUGCGGCUGCAGCCAGACGGCUGCCGCAUGCCAGCUGAGACAGACAUCUUUCCCCUGCUGGAAUUCAUGUGACGGCUAUGCAAGCGGCCCCCUCUUUGCACAUUCCCACUGCCCUCAGUCCUCCAUGAAGAAAGGGCAGCUGAGCGUGGGCAUGGGAGGGGGCUGUGAGGAGCUCAGUGUACCGCCUGCCCGCUGUCGUGCAUCUGCUACCGAAGGAGGCCUGCAGUCCCACCUUGUGCCUAUAGGGGGCACAGAGGAAGGGGUCACGGUGGCGGAUCACGAGGUCCAGCGGGACACCCUGGCGCUGGAGAACAAAACAGCAGUUCUGCACCUUCAAAGCGCUGAGGAGCUGGAAAGGAAGAGGGAGCAGGAGGAGGAUGAGAGCAGCAGCGUCAACCAAAGACUAUGCGUGGAAACCCAGCCCCUCAUGGAUGGGCAGGAGGACCAGGGAGUGGGACCAGUUGACAUCCAGGAGGGUUUUCCACCCGAUGCCUCUGUACUCUGCUUUACGGAGACUCAGGCGUGUGCCUCAGCUUUCCUGAAUGAAUCCCCCACUAUGGUCUACUACCAAAUAGGCAUUAAGGAGCCAUCUGCUUUGGUGGUCUCUGACCUCCAUGUAGAAGAGCGUAAUGAACAGGAAGUGGUGGGCAAGGCUGUUGAUGGAGAUGGUUGGGGACAGGUGAGCCUCCCACAGGAUUUUAAUGGGAGUCCCAGGCUCCCGCUUUUGGGAGGCGACCUGGGAAGUGAGAACACCCCCCCUCUCCACCCAGUGUUCUUUCAAGAGUUGGAAAGUUUACCUCCAGAAAAUGUGAUGCAUUCAGAGGCUUAGGGGCCUGACAUUUUGCAUUGUUUUGCACAGUAACCCAAUAAAGCUGGUUGCCAACCUUAGUUAUAAUAAUUGCUGAUUUUAAGAGGGUUUUAAUGGGUAGGAACAAAUCAACAGAGGGAUUAUCGUAUUUAAAAUAGAUUCACUGUCUUUUGGUGUCCUUGACAGUGGAGAAUGAUUUAGAGUCAUUUGGUUCUCAAACUGAGGUCACGCUUGUUGAGAUAUCUGAGCUAAAUCAAUCAUUGGGGGCUGGUUCAGAUUAAUUUAGGGCUUCAGCCCCAAAUGCGGCAACUUAGUAAAGCCUCUGUUCGAUAUUCAUAAGCACAGUGACUUCUGUAGAUUCCUCAGAGGAGCCAUCGGUCUUACCUCACGUUGUGAUAUAAAGCCCGGUCCACGUAACAGCAUGGCGAAUUUAUUGUGUGACAACACAGUAUUGAAAAGUGUCAAUUUUGAGACUGAAAAGAGGUGUGUGCAGUUUGCAAUCUUCUGACAAGCUCUGAUAUACAUAUAAAUCCUGGGAAUACUUGCUGAUUUUUUCCACGUACUAUGCGAUGUUGGCAUGGUAAAGAUACUAAAAGAAUGUCCUUGUUUACUCAAUAUAUUUUAGUGUUUGUGACUGCUAAUCCCACAUAAUUAUGUACAGAAUUCCCCAAAAAAGGACUUUGCCACAGUUACUCCGUCACAGUUGAAAAAUUCACAACUUAACAAUCCAUGUUACCUAAAUGCACAGUGAUGUCCAUUAUUUCAUGCAAUGCUUAAGAACAAAAUUAUUUGGUUAAGUUAAAUUCUAUCUCAGACAAAAGGUUGGUAAUAUGAAUUGUGCAAUUUUAAGUAACAUUCUUGACAUGAUGAUACGAAAUUCAAAAGAGGUUUAUGAGACGAGGCGGAUUUAAGAGUGAUAUUUAUGUGCAGUUACUAGACUAAAGAAAACAGUGAAGUUUGAAGCUUACAAUAACCUUAUUUAUUUAUGAUUAAAAAUUGUGUCCACACUGUGUUUGUUCUGAUUCAUUGUGCUUAAAAAGGAAAGUCUACUUUGCCUUCUGGACUUCUUUCCAGUUACUGUAAUGAGUGGUUGACAAAGUUGAGGUAAUUUUAAUCCAGCACAGAAUAAAACUUCAUUUGAAAAACUGU